AUGGCAGGGCCUUCGGAUAUGUAUGGGAAUUGCCCAGCCCCGUUCAUGCAGGAAGACCUUUUCCCAUCUACAGGCGGAUAUUUCAUGAAUAAAACCGAAGUUGCCAAUUGGAUUGCGGUAGCAAUAUUCACCUUGAACUGCCUGUUGUUGAUUAGCUUUGCGGUAUUACCCGUGAGGUGGACGCACCGCCACUACUUAGGCGUGUGUCUGACUGUUGGGAUUGUAUUUAUGGAGCUCUCGUUUAUUGUCCCUUUGAUCGCAAAACCGGACGAAUGUUUUAAUGCGAUUACUCCAAAUCAUAUGGAAUCGGAUUUGGCUUGCGCGUUCUCAGGCUCCUUUAUCUUAUUUGGUGGUUGGGGUGUCAUCGUAUGGAGCUUUUGUCGCGCCUUAUCGCUGCAUUUGCAAAUUUGCUGGGAUGUUGUCCCUGGACAUAAAUUCUUUUUCACAACGCUGACAUUGGGCUGGGUAAUACCAGCGGUCGGUUUGGCCCUUGCCUUAUCCAUAACAGGAAUAUCAUAUCGAUUCGGCAACAUAUGCCACAUUAAUCACGACAACAGCCUAGCGGAUUUCUGGGGCCCAUUGAUGGGGCUUGCCGCCCUGGCGUUGAUGAUCCAAUUCGUGACGUUGGCGUAUUGCAUCCAUGUUUACAUCAAGUCACUCCUGGACAACAAUUCCGACUACUGA